CAUCAUCACUACAUAUGCAUUUGCCUUUGCAAACACGCCGCUGUCCUGUGCAACUUACCCCCCUCUCUCAUCACUGAACUGGGACACUUUUGUUCCUGCUACUUACGACAACAAGCAAGUUCGGUGGUAGGAGAGCUGCUGGGCGUUCAAGGUGUGAAUUUGAAGAGGAGUGUUUGCAACAGAUUAAGAGAGUUGUGUUGGAGGCACGCGCGCUGGUAACGGGAAACACCUUGCGCUUUCGAGUCGAUACAUCUGGGAAGUGAAAUUUAAAAACAGUUACGAGAAAUCAGAAAACAUAAAACAGGGGUUUGCAGGUGUGAUUUGGAUCGGUGAUGGAGUGGCGUCAGCAGUCUGCAGUCAGCUGUGAGCUCGCGUUCCAGGAGGCACAAAGAUGGCUUGAGGAAGUGACCAAAAAGCGGUUUGGAAGCAAAUCCUUUCGAGUGGCCUUGGAGGAUGGAGUCCUUCUGUGCGAUCUGAUCAACACACUGAAGCCAGGCAUCAUCAAGCGAGUAAACAGGCUUUCCACCCCCAUUGCAGGCUUGGAUAACGUGAAUGUGUUUCUCAAGGCUUGUGAGAAACUAGGGCUCAAUGAAGCACAGCUCUUCCAUCCUGGAGACCUGCAAGAUGUUUCCACGCGUGUGACAGUCAGACGUGAAGAGACGAGCAGGAGACUAAAAAACGUUUUGAUCACUAUUUACUGGUUGGGGAGGAGGGCCCAGACUGAUCCGUUUUACACUGGACCACAGUUGAACCUAAAAGCCUUUGAAGGUUUGCUGGGCACAGCAUUAUCUAAGGCUCUGGAGGAGUCUGUGCAGUCGAAGUCGAGUGUGAGGGACAGUGGGUAUGCAGAGGGCUGGUUUUCUGACAGGGAGGAACUGUUCAGUCUGAAGCAGUCGGACUACAGAAGGGAGGACUCAGUCGAGAGCCUGGACUCAGUGGAGUCUCGAACAAUCAGUGUGGCUUCAGACUGCACCCUCAGAGCCGGCAGUGAAGGUUGCUUUAGUGACGCAGAAGCGGAACAUUGCUUCAGGAUGGCGGAAGGCAGUAAAAGUGAUGCCCCCAUCAGAGAAAGGGUGCAUGUCCCGUCUGCCCUGAGGAAGAAAAGACAGGAAUACCAGCAGGGAGACCGAAGUUAUGCAGGCCACCUCACUAGCGAAAGUGGGAGGGGCUUAAGCCACAACCUCCCCCCUGCUUCUGCCUUCCUCCAAUGGGCAAGCAGUUACCAGAGUGACAGUGACUCUGACUCGGACCACCCUGAACCAGACCUUGUGCAGGACGAUCUAGCAAGUCGCAGAUUUCGCUCUGUAACCUCUGUGGCCCCCAUGAACUUUGCAAUCCCUUCAAAGCCCCUGGGCCCCAGGGUGGCCCCUAUGGUGACCCCAAGUGCUGGGAAGUCAUGGCUCACCUUGUCAGAUGCCUCACGGCUGGCUGCAGUGCCACCACAGAGAUCAAAUCAGAGUGUGUCCUCCAUUCCUUCUGAAAAUGGACCGCCAGGCUGUGAAUCUGCUACUUUGGAGGAAGAGUUCCUUCAGCGUUCCCUGAACAAUGGCAUGAGUGACUCCGAUGAGGACACGGGUUAUGCCGAUCCUGUGCUGGACGAUCUUUACGCACGUCGGGUUCUCAUCUCCGAGCAUCAGACCUCCGUCAAUGCUGAUUCAGACAAGUUCCUGCCCAAGUAUUGGACCCCUGAGGAAGAUCUACAUGUGAGAAAGAUCAGGCUAGGGUCCCAGCGCAGACCAUGGUAUAAGAAGAUGCAGGGCUUCAGAAGCAAAUCCAUGGGUGACGUAACAUUGGAGUCCAUUCCCCAGGAAUCUGACAACUGCUCCAGCUUUGACCCACUGGGGUCAUGCCUUGUUCACCAGAGGUCAUUUGGAGAGCUGACCCUUGAACCCUCAGCCAUACAGAGAGUUCAACAAGAGCAGUUACAGAACAUCCGAGCCAGAAUGAAGGAAAGUGAGGCCAAGUGGCAUGAAGAUCUGAGCAGGUGGAAGAGCCGGCGGCGGAGCGCAAACUCUGACCUCCACAGAAAGCUUGAGGAGAGGGAGCAGAUUGAACUUAUUUGUGGGGGAGGGACCAGUGCCGUCAGGACUGCGCAGCUCACCGGGGUGCCGGAGAAGAGCUUCAACAUGCCUGGACCCAUGAGUGAUGCGGGGUCCAGUGUCAGCAGUACUAGGCUAACUGGGUGGUCUACUACCUCGGCUUCACCCCUCACGAACGGGGCAUCUUCUGCUCUGACCAGAGGCACUGACUUAGAGACGCCUGACUCAGCCCAAAUGUGCACCGGUGAAUUCUUUAACCCUUCAGCAGCUGUUGUCUCUGAACAGAGUUCAUCGAGCAGCCUGGCUACCAUGCAUCCAGAACCCUACGAGCAGCAGGGUCCAGACUUCAGCCGCCGUGCAAGUCUCCUUGAAAGCUUUUAUGCAGGGGGAGCACGCAUGUCUGCCACUCUACCAAGGGGUUUCAGAAGGUCAGAAGGUUGCUCGCGCCUCUCCACGGGCGUCACACCACGUCCAUUUGGAGCCAAACCCUCCAAAGUGUCCUCACUCCCCAAAGUGUAUUCCAUUGAUGACUCUCAUAAAAGCCUGAUCAGUGGACACAGAGACUAUUCAAUCACCCCCUCUUUCCUCAGCGGUCAAGGAAAGGUCACAGCCUCUGCCGACACAGGCCACUCUCGUUCAAGUACUCAUCCAAUCAACCCUAAGAAAGAGGAGGAAGAGAAAAGAGAUGGAAGGUCAUCAGCGCCUCCCAUGAACUCUUUUGCCACUAAAGUGACCAUGGCCGCUUCCAUUGUACAAGCAUCUCCUCCUAUUGUCUCAGAAACAAGAGAAAUUAAGGUGGGUCAAAGUGAAAUGCGAGUCUGCUUGAAUCAGAAGCCUAACAGCGGGAGAGACUUUGGAUUCAAGGCUCACUGGGACUCAACUGGUGCUUGUGUCAAAUCUGUUCAAGCAGGCAGCCCAGCGGAGUUGUGUGGCCUGCUGAUGGGUGAUGAGAUCGUGGCGUUGGGUGGAUGCAGGGUGGCUGAAAUGAAUUAUGAGCAGUUUAAGGGCAGCAUGGACUCGGCACAGCAAAAAGGCACUUUACUGAUGGACAUCCGACGACAUGGCCAAAAUGACUGGGGCAGUGGCCACCCUUCCCUACCGUACAAGAGCCAUAAGACCAUCAAUUUGACCAGUGCCAAUUCAACACUUAUAGGGCGGCCCGAGCACUAUGUCUCGAUCAGCACAACCUCAAACUCUCCAGUGGAGACUGUGGUGAAGACACAGGUCAACGGACAACCUGCUAAAGGAGUACAAUCUAAAAUGGUGAAUGGACGUAUCCAGGACAAUCCAGUUGCUCUAAGGAACAAAGGUGGCUCAGAGUCUGCCAUCUCUGAUCUUCAGGUUCCCUCCAUCAGUACCACCUCCUCUCGCUGGUCAUGGGAUCAUGAGGAGGAGAGGCGGCGGCAGGAGAAAUGGCAGAUGGAACAAGAGCGCCUCCUGCAGGAGAAGUAUCGACGUGAUCAGGAGAAGUUAGAGGAGGAGUGGAGAAGAGCUCAGCAGGAAGUCUAUGGAGAGGAGUACGGUGGUCCUGAGGAGCUGAAAUGCCUUGAUGUGCUGUCCAAUGGAAAUACUACUCCUCAUAUUCCACCUCCUAUUGCUACCACUUCAGUGGCAUCCAAUCAGAUUGCAGAGAAGGUGGGAGCAGCACAGGACAGACAGGCUGCUGUGCAAAUAGCAGCAGGACGCCAGUCAUUUAAGGCAGAAGUAGAGUGCGAUUCAACCACAAAGAGUCAGUGCUCAGAGGAGUCCUAUGGGUUUGCCAAGCUUACAGUUUCUGACAGGACAAAGUCAAAAUCUACUCCUGCACUUGAAGGCCUUCACAAACAAGAUGCAAAAGGGAGCGGUAAAAAGAAGGGACAGCUGUCUCAGGCAGAAAAGGAACGUCUGCAGAUCCUGGAGGAGAUGAGGAAGAGAACGCAGCUCCUCACAGAUGGUAGUUGGAUCCGUCAGCGAAAUGCCAGUAUCAACAAAGAGCCCGUCACUGUGGGAACGUCAGUCAGGAGAUAUGAAUCGCUGGACAACCUCCACACAACCAGCUCCUGGUCCAGGCAGUCCUACACUUCAGGUAUCUCAAACAGACCCCAUUCUGCUUUGGGAAGCACUGGCACUUACAGGAGCGGACGCAGCAGCUUGGGCCCUGGCUCAGCCAUCUUCAAUACUGGUCUUAAACAGAGCUCCUUGUUAUCCUCCAACUUUCCCACUACACCUGAGCCCUUGUUCCCUGAGUCUCGUCCAAACUCUCAGCAGCAUGGCAGGCUGCUCAGUGGCAGGCGGAUGUGCUCAAGGUGCGAGCGGCCUCUAGGGAAGGGAGCUGCCAUGGUCAUCGAUUCCCUGGAGCUCUGCUUUCACAUUGGUUGCUUCAAGUGUGUCAGCUGCAGGACUGACCUUGGGAGAGGGGCUGAGUCCGGAGCUCAGGUCAGAGUCAGACACAGACAGCUCUUCUGUAACGCCUGCUACAGCAGAAUCAGAGUCUGUCCCUCCAUCUCCAAGUGACCAGAAUCCAUUGCAACAGAUCGAAGAGGAAUGUACCACAGAAACGGCCUCAGGAACCACAACUAUUAGUACAAUGUAACCACUGCAGCAGGCUUUAUCCACUGCUUACAUUCACGGCUUUGACAAUACAUUAAGACUGAUAUUUCUGUGAUUGUUCUCAUAGUAUGACUGCUAAGUAGUGAAGAGUUAGAACAUGUUAUUUUGAUCACUGCUGAAACGCCUGAGGUUGUUUCUGUACUGGCUGACAUCCGUGGUGAGAUGUAGAAAGAUGUAAUGCUUGAACAGUUAUGCAUUCCAUGUAGCAAGUAAUAACAUGUCUAUGACUCAUAAGAACUGUUUUAUAUGUUCUUUUUUUUUUUUUUUUGAUGCAAAUCCUUGAGAACUAAUUUGUUUAGCAUAUAUGAUAUUCUCUCAUGUCUUUUAAUAUAAGCUUUCCUCUCAUAAUUAUUUAAUAAAUGUUCUAGCACACUUUAUUUGGUAAUGAAGCACUUUUUUCCCUCUCAUUGGUAGAAAUCACAUAGUGGUGAUGGUGGAGGGAAUGGGAUGUAAAGGUUAAGUCAUUGUUCUGUAUCAGUUAAUUAAGAGGAAUCUUAUGCUAAAGUUUUACACAAGCUGUGUAACAAUAGAUGGUAAUAAUAUGAAACUUAUUUAGGCUUUCAGAUUUUGAAAUUAUGUCCAGUAGGUGGCACUCUGGUUGUAACUGGCAUAAAUCUGUUUUUCCGUUUAAGAGAUGAUAGGCUCUGCCAAUCAGAAGGUCUGAAAAUAGAGGAGGUAUUGCAUGUAAUUGUAAGAUCAGAUUACCUUGGAUGGUUCUUUCCAAGCCCCUAUGCUAGACGCUUCUGUUUUUACAGUUGUUUUCUGCAGUUUACAUGGGAUUUCAUUCUCUCUCCCUGUAUGUCAUAGUUAAAACUGGCUAAACAAGUUAAAUUAAGUGUUGCCAUGGAAAUAAAGCUUAAUUUUUAAAUACAAAA